AUUUCUCACAUGUGCGCUUGUGAUGGUUUAAGAGCCAUUAACGAACCCAGCUCCAUGCUUAUUUAUGACUUUGUGGAAAACGCUGCCUGCACUUUAUAACGACGACCUGAUGGAAGCAUUUGAAAAUCAUUAAAGAGAGGAUGAUCUGAACACAACAGGACAGAGGUUUCCUUCCUCAGCACCUGCCUGCUAUAAAAGUCCACAAGCUGGACCUGAGACCUCCCUGAAAUCUGACCAGCCACUUUAACCAGGUUGCUAAGUCUGGUAUUAUUAUUCAAGGACUUAUUACCGUACCAGGCAAUGAUACAGAAGGUUAAAACAGAUUCAAUAAAACUUUUAUAAAAAAGAGUCAUCAUUUCACAUGAAACAUUAAAACCUCUUUUAAAAAGUACAGUCACUGUUGGACCUUUUUCAUUGUAGCAUCAAAGUGUGACUCAAAGGACAGAGACUUAUCAAGAACAACCACCAAAUACUUAGAACUGUCCACCAGUCCAAUGGCUGCAGCCUUUACUACUGUUAGUGCAGGAUGAUGUUGAUGUUUGUUGAUCUCUAACAAUGGCUGAUCACACCAAGAAGCAAACAUCCACAACAGGCCCAUGAGAAUCCUCUUCACCAUGAAGGAGACUCACAAUGACUGUGUGGUGAUGAUGAUGAGCUGAAGCAAUGAGGAAAUACAACAGAGUAAACACACAGAAUAGAUGCACACACCCACACAAACAUUUGUCACGAUUCCAGUCAGUCAGAGGUACAGAGCCUCUUUUAUUCAGACGUCUGUGUCACUUUUAACUGUCUACUCCUCCACCCUCUGCUCUCAGCUUGUUGUCUCUGUGUAGAUGUAGUAACAGUAACAUAUGAGGAACUUUAUUUCCUCUGGUUGGUUUCAGAAACUUGAUUGGUCCGUUCUGCUGACUGGAAGCAUCAGAGCACCUUUCUUUGCAGACAGAUGCUGUUUGCAAAAUAAUUAUACUCUGGGAUUGUGUCAGGAUGGAUAUUUAGUUUAACCUCCUACACUCUUAGAAAGGAUGUGUUAAAAAAUGACACAAAACAUGUGUUGUUACACUAUUAACACAUUUUGUGUGAAUUUUAACAUAACAUGUGUAAGAAAAUGUGUAAACAUUGAAAAAAUGUGUAAAAAGCUUAACACACUUGAUGUGUUGCACAGUUUAGCACAUUUUGUGUGUUAUUUUCAGAAUCUAACAACAGGACCUAAAAUUAGGUUAUUUGACGUUAGCCCUGUGUUUAGUGAAAUAAAUUGUACAUUAACAAUGUAUUAUAACGAUAUUAACUGAAUAAAUAAAAUGUUUAGUUAUUGUUUUGUUUUCCAUAACCCUUUCCUCAUUACUUUCAACAAAUAAAACAUUUUAUAAUGUAAUGUGGAGCAAGGUGUGUAUGGUGUACUAAAAUUCUGAAAGAGGAUUAAUUUUUUAUUUCUCAAUAUGUAUGGCAUACCAAUUGAUGGCCAUGGCUAUACUAUAACCAUAAGUACCCACACAGAACAGGCUUAAUUUUGACCGUAACAUGUGAACUAGGGCAAUACAAUUGAAGUAAAAGUAGGAAAUUAAAUGAGUAAGAAUACACAUGCUGAAAAUUGAAACAAAUUCUGCCCAGCAACAUGACAUACCAGCGGCGGGAAGGGGGCGCUAUCUUUUCGCGCCACUGAGACAAAGGAGACAAAGAUGGAGGUUACGUCGCCUAGUAUGUUGUCAGACCUUACACACGCAUAUGACAACUUAGAAUCUGUCAAAGUCCUUGUAGCCACUUUUAUAGAUGAGAAAGAGAUUUGUAAAAAAAUUCUUCAUGUCAGCAGUGCCAAAGACAUCAUAGGUCAAAGCCAAGCUCAGCACAUGGGCUGUGUGCUUGAUAGGUUGCUAAAGUAUAACACUGAUUUCAUGGAAUAUAUUGAUGUUGACAGUGAGGUAGACGUUAAGGACUUUGAUAGAUUCCAUAUCUUCCUGUCAGCCAGAGGGCCACCAAUGGAAACCUUUCUUGGGGAGAUUAGACAAAAUCAGUCUACCAUUACCACUGAAGAACAAAGUCAACCCCUGAAGUCACUACUCAAGAGGAAAGCCCCACAGAUUCUUAAGGAGUAUGAAACUACAGGUACCCUGUCAGUGCCAUCAAGGAAGCUUCUUGUGAAGACUUGCAUUGGGGAUUUGGUGGAGAGGUGUGGUUAUUACCCUCUUAGUGCAGAGAAGCUGACUGUAGCAAAAAGCAUCAUCACCACUUUUCCAUCCCUGAGUGUCCGAGUGGCAGGACAGGGGGAAGGAUUUGAGCAUUAUUAUGAUCCAGUCUCUCAUUGUGGAUUCCUAGAGACUAAACUGCGCAACCUUAGACAGAAUCUUGACCAGGGGCAGAGACGUUAUAAGAAGCGAAAAGUGACAGAUGACUGUGGUGAAGACAAGAAGCUCAGGCAAGAGGAUGGGAAUAUCAGCAGCACAGAUGAGUGGGUCACCCUGAUCAAAAGAUUGCGGCCCUCAGCUGAGAACCUUCCAACUAUCAUGUCAGGCAUGGAGGAAACAUACACCAGUCGCAGAGCCUGGAUUAGCAAGGACUCCCCCACUGCUGCUGAAAUAUUGAGAGAGUACCCACGGUUUUUGGACAUGCCAAGUCUGAUCCCCAGGAGGUGAUCACAGUGAAGCAGGGAGAGGACGUCACUCUCCAGUGUUGGGGUUUCGCAGAUGCUCCCAUCGAGCUGCUGGAGUGGAGCAGACCUGAGCUGACAGACUACGUGUUUUACUACAGAGAGCAGCGCUCCUAUGAAAAAUAUCAGCAUCAGUCUUACAAAGGCCGGGUGAAGCUGAGAGACCCGGAGAUGAAGAAUGGAGACUUUUCAGUGAUUCUGAAGGAAGUCACCUUCAAUGAUACGGGCAGAUAUGAGUGUUUGGUUGGAACGAGGAGAACGAGAGACAAGCGGAGCUCCAUCAGUGUCAGGGUGGAACAGACUACUAAAGAUACCUCGGGUGGAGGAAAGACUGAGAGAGAAAACAGGGAUGUUGGAGGGAACAUGGAGAGAGAAAAGUGGCGUGUUGGACAGAUAGCAGCCAUAGUGAUUUUAGUGUUUGUAGCAACUGCAUUGAUUUUACUGUUUGGGGUGGUUGUAGCUGUGGGGGUACAGCAGGUUCCCUACUAAUGGGAGGGUUUGUGUGGUUUGAUCCCUGUCUGCUCCAGUCUGCAUCCUAAAUAUCCUCAGGGAAGAUACUUACCCCAAGUUGCUCUCAGAUGCAGUCAUUGGAGUCUAAAUGUUAGACAGAAAGCUCUGACACAGAAAAAGUGCUGGUGUGAGUGUUUGAAUGAGGCAAGUUGUGUAGAAAAGUGUUACAUAAGAGCCAGUCUACUGUUUACUGAUUAUUGUCGUCUCCGUUGCUUCUAACACAAAGAUCAGAGACAAACAAACCUGUGGGGAUCUCCUGCAGAGCGAUGAAGCUGGAAACGAGCUGCACUGAAAUGUCACCUGAUUCUUGAGUCUGCUGUUACUGUUACAGUUUGAGUUGAUGGUACAGUCCCCAAAGAAAAAUGAAUACAAGAGAAAAUAUAACUACAACACAGCUAAAAGGCAAUUAUAUUUAUUAAACUGUAACUCUAAAUUAUUUUAAUAACUAAUAUUUUUGGAAAAAUGUUUAAGGUGCUGCAAAAUAUUUUUUUUUUUCCUAAAAGUGUUUAUUUGGUGCCAAACAGCUGUAUGGCUCAUGUGUUUUUCCUCUUUGUUAAUAAUGGUACUAUGUGCUGUAUUUGUCACUGAACACUUUACAACUCGAUGAGAUAAAAUAUUUUCUAAGAAGUUAUUAUAUUUACAAGUGUUUUAUACUGUUGUUCACUGAUGAGGACCAUCUUCCCCUCCACUGUGAACAAAUGCUGUUUGCUGUUUAUUCCUGAUGUCUUUACAAAGUUUUUUUUAAACUCCUGCACAGUUGGCACGGUGUACCUAUAAUUUUGUUUUACAUGUACAAUGACAAUAAAUUCUGUUCAAUUCUA